AUGUCAGGAAAAUGGAUGGUCACUGUGUACUUAGCACUGAGUACUAAGAGAAUAGACAUCAGGAAUUAUCAGAGUCUCUUGGCCUUUGUAUUUGCUGUCACUGAAAUAAACAAAAACCCAAGACUGCUGCCCAAUAUCACUCUGGGCUUCCAUAUUGUAGAUCACUGUUUGACUGAAGCAAUGGCAACAAUUGGAAUGAUUGACAUUAUGAGUGGAAAAGGGCUUCCCAUCCCUAACUAUCGCUGGGGCCUUUCACCUAACUUGGUGGCUGUUGUGGAUGGCAUAUCUUCCAAAGUGACUCUCCUUAUAGCCAGAAUGUUUGGCAUUUACAGAUUCCCACAGAUGCACAAGUAUAUAAAGAAAGUCAGUAUUACAGACAGUGACGGGAAUGAGUUACAUUUUGAUGAGAAUGGAGAUAUGCCUUCUGACUUUGACAUUUUAAACUGGAUUGUCUACCCAAAUCAGACUCUUAAUGGCAUCAAAGUAGGAACAUAUGCACAGAGAUCUGCCUCCCAGGAACUGAGAAUAAAUGAAAGUCUAAUACGAUGGAGCCCAUCUUUUAAUGAAACCCCACGUACACCUUGCAGUGAAACCUGCCUUAUUGGGUUUAGGAAGAAACCUAAAGAAGGAUUCCCUGAGUGCUGCAAUGACUGUGCACCCUGCCCAGAGGGCGAGAUAUCCAACCAGACAGAUAGAGAAACUUGUUUUAAAUGUCCAAUAAACCAAUGGCCUAAUUUAAAUAGAACCAUUUGCACUGAUAAAGUGAUCAUUUACUUAUCCUAUCAUGAGCCCCUAGGUGCAUCACUGGCUUUGUUAUCUGUUCUGUUUUGUAUCAUGACUUGUUUGGUUCUGAUGAUCUUCACUAAAUACAGGAACACAGCGGUUGUUAAAGCCAAUAACCGAGAUCUCAGCUACAUCCUCCUUGUGUCCCUCAAGAUUUGCUUUCUAUGUAAUCUGAUGUUCAUUGGCCAUCCCCGCCAUGUGACCUGCAUUCUAAGACAAACAGUGUUUGGUGUCAUCUUCUCUAUUGUUAUUUCUUCAGUUUUGGCUAAAACUGUAACAGUGGUCAUUGCCUUCAAUGCCACCAGGCCUGGAAGCAAACUGAAGAAUUAUUUGGGACCCAGAGUGUCUAAUUCCAUUGUAAUAUUCUGUUCAUUGAUGCAAGUGAUUAUAUGCACCAGCGGGUUAAUCAACUCUCCCCCAUUUCCUUAUUAUAACACCGAUGAUAUAGUUGGGAUGAUAGUAGCCGAGUGCCAUGAACAUUCAAGCUAUGGAUUUUACUGCAUUCUGGGAUUUAUGGGAUUAUUGGCAGCUCUUAGUUUUAUUAUCGCUUUCUUUGCUCGGACAUUACCUGAUAUCUUCAACGAAGCCAAGUUUAUCACCUUCAGCAUGUUGCUGUUCUGCAGUGUGUGGGUCUCUUUUAUUCCAGCCUAUCUAAGCACUAAAGGGAAAUAUGUUGUGGCAGUGGAAAUAUUUGCUAUCUUAUCUUCUAGCUCUGGAAUUUUGGGGUGUAUAUUUAUUCCCAAGUGCUAUAUCAUCCUUUUUAGAGCUGACAAGAACAAAACAGUCUUAAAAAAAAGAACUCAGAUUAAUUAG